CUAUUUCACUACAGCAUUAAGUAUUGAUUGGAAAAGUAGAAGACAUCAGAUGAGAUAGAGAUACUCUAGUUCAGAAAAUAGUUUAAAGUGGCUAUUGCAAUAAAACAAAAGAGAGAGGUCAAUGAAUGAUGUGAGAGGUACGAGUGUAAGGAAGAUAUUUGCAAACAAAUAAUUGGAGAUCUUUUGAAUUCAAUUUUUUCAUUAAAUUAUGGAGUUCAGAGAUGAUUAUUGGGUGGAUCUUGUGGACCUGAGUCCGCUGGCUCGAGAGAUUUUCCCAGAGAUUUUUUGUGAAACGAAUUUUGAAUUUGAUGACUAUUUUGAAGGUUCGGGGGAACCUGAGGACUCUUCUUUUUUAAAAAUAUCUGAUUUUAUCGAAAAAGUGAAGAAGAAGUGUGUGAAGUUCAAGCAGAAGAGAAACUUCAAACAAAUAGAAACCGUUCAAUGGGCAGGGGUAGCUAUGGACGAGAUGCAGAAUUUGGAUUUUAGGGUGUUUCAGAGAAUUUUGAAGGCUGAACCAGUGGAAAUUGAGUUUCCUAACUUUCACCUGGGGAGAGAGUAUAAAAAAAUGAUCCUGAUCCGAAACGUCAGUGACGUGACAAUAGCUAAAUACCAGCUAGCAAGAAGAUUCGACGCCUCUAAAUUGAAAUUAAUUUGGAGAACGAGAAGUGGAGACAGAGAGGAUCUUGCCCCCGGGAUAAGUACGACUCUAACUCUUAUUUUCAAAGCGAUGACUCCGGAGGAUUAUAGUGAGAAGAUAGUGGUUAAUGUUGAAGGGGGAUUUCCAGUAGUCAUCAAUGUCCAAGCCCAUCGAGAUCCACCAAUUUUGAUAGGUGAAAAUUACCCGAGGGACUGUUCAUUCCCUUCGACCCUGAUCAACAUGAAGGACGACCUCAUUUUCCACCAGUCGAACCUCUCCCGGAGCCCAAAAAGGGGAUCGUUAACCUGUUUGGCGAACGAUGGAGAACUAGAAUGCAAGGAUUGUCUCGUUGGCGACGAGAACACAAACGAAGUAAAACUAACGAAUCUAGGAAAUUCAGGGAGAUUUUUCCUCAUCUCCGAGGCCAACUGGCACUGGAGUAAUAUCACCAAUCUUACAGACACUUCAAAGCUCAUAACAAGCAGCUUCACCCUCUGGCCCGCGUUUUUUCACCUCCACCAGAACCAGUCCAUGAUCCUCAGGAUGUUCUUCACUCCCAACGUAAACGGUCUUCACGUAGAGAAGAUAUUCAUCGUCUGCGACAACUUGUCCGUCCAAUCCUUCGAACUCCUUGGAGACGGAGUAAUGUUCCACUGGGAUUUCAUCCACUUCGGCUCCAAUUUAACGAGACAAUCCGUUUGUCUGACGGAAUUAGAAGACAACAAAUUCUGUAAUUUCUUCAUAACAGAACUCGAUCCAGAGGCACUCUCCAUCCUGGUUACAGCCUCCAAUAUGUCCCAAUUUGAUUUGGAUUUCCGAUGGGAUGUCAUAAAUGAGAUUUGCCUGGGAAUUUUACCGUCAAGAGGUGUCUUCCCAGCACAUACCACCCUCACAUUCAGGAUAUUCUCAACCAAUUAUGCCUUAUGUUCCGAAUUUGUCGAGAGUAAUUUACAACUGAUCCUCGAGGAUUUGCCCCCUGAGGCAAUUCCUCAAGAGUACCAGGAGUUUACUGACGAAUGCAAGAGGGAUAGAAGAAGAUGUGAGGAGUCUGUGGACAUAUGUGUGGCGAAUGUCGGGGUUCGGCUGCCCUCGAGACAUUCCAGUAUCUCAGAGGAUACUCUUUCAUCAGAGGCGAACCAUCAAGAUCAGGAUUUUGAAAAUUAGUAUGGCC